AUGGCUAACAACCAUGAACAAGAAAAGGAAGAGCUAGAUAAGAAAAUAGAAGAAAAACUCUCUCAAAUUAGGGCACUGGAUGAGCGCCUCAGUUAUCUUCAAUCAAACGGCUUCCAACUUGGAAGCUUCUACUUGGUCUUUCAAGGAGUUAUUCUGACGGCAAUUGCAAAUGCUAACUCAGUCUUCGGAUGUUUAUCCUAUUGGCUGCUCAUCGCCCUUUCUUCAUUAGCAGCCUUCCCUAAUUUGUUUGCAUUGUAUUAUAUUGGAGGGGAAUAUAUCAGAAUCAGCAAACAGCGAGAUAAAUUCUUGCGUGAAAGCGAUGUCUUGUUUACUCGGUUAGCCAAGCUUUCAGAACCAAAUCCAACUUCUUCCACACCUUUCGUGUCAGCGCCAACUUCUCCCGCUCCGCCUUCUCCGGUAGCUGGAACAUCACCUUUCGUGUCAGCGCCAACUUCUCCCUCUCCGCCUUCUCCUCCAGCUGGAAAUCAUAGUUAUACUUCUGGUAAGAGUAUGGUGACCCGAGCAGGUAUGCGUAUCAUCUUCGUUGUCUUCUGUAUUGCUUUUUAUCUGGGCGUUUCCGCCAUCAUGUAUUUGGUUUGCAUAAAGACUCUUCGCAAACCAGGAGCUCAGUGUAAGCAACAUUAA